GAAUGCAAAGGUAGAAAAUAGAUGUGGAUAUGAUUUUUUAUGCUAUCAGACAAAGUCAGCCAUUUGAAAGCGGACGCGUUCAUCUUUGGACCGAUCCCAUGUGUCCUCCUCGAGCUCUCCCAGCAUCAACACGUACUUCCCGAGUCAACGUGUGGAUCUGCAUGACAACGAGCUCACCGCUUCACAAGGUUUAUAUGCCAUGAACAUAACGAAGCCAUUAACACAUUCUUGACAGUCUGCAACCCAGAGAUCGGUGUGGAGCGUGAGUGCAACAAGUGCCACCAUGGCGUCCACCCAUGUCAACGUUUCCGGUAAGCCCGCCGAGACUAGCACCGCCCUCCUGGAGACGGCCGCCGCUGCCAUCCAAGGCUUCGAUCCCAUCAACAAGAUCCACCAACACCUCUGCGCUUUCCACUUCUACGGGGACGACAUGACGCGGCAGGUGGAAGCACACCACUUCUGCUCGCACCAGAACGAGGAGAUGCGGCAGUGCCUGAUCUACGACGGCGAGGGGCCGCGUGCGAAGUUGAUCGGCGUGGAGUACAUUGUGUCGGAGGCGCUGUUCCUGGCGCUGCCGGACGACGAGAAGCCGCUGUGGCACUCCCACGAGUACGAGGUGAAGAGCGGGAUGCUGUUCAUGCCGCAGGUGCCCGGCGCCGUCCAGCGACCGGACAUGGAGCAGGUCUGCAAGACAUACGGCAAGACUUACCAUUUCUGGCAGGUGGACCGCGGCGAUGAGCUCCCGCUCAGCCUUCCCCAGCUCAUGAUGGCGUUCACCCGAGACGGGCAGCUGCGACAGGAAUUAGCCAAAGAUAUCGAACGCCGGUACGAGAUCUCUUUUGAGGAGGAGAGGGAGAAGAGGAGGUACAUGGCAGGUCCAGAUCAUGGAAUUCACCCACUGGCUAAUGGACCAGGGAAAGGGCGGAGAUUGGCGCUGAGAGAGGUCGAUGUUCCUCCGGUUGGUUCUGUGCCAAGAGCCUUCAUUUGAUAUGAAUGAUAACUUGUUGGAGUCAGUAAUCAUCGGUCUAAGUUACUACAUACCUGCAGUUUCUUGUUGGUGUAGUCAAAUAUUUUGGUCUACUUGUACAGUUGGCAAUAAAAGUGCAUGCUUUCAGAGAAAACAGUGAGGCGAUCUUGGUAAGAUGAUGAAGAUUUUUUAGCUAUCAAACCUCAAUUAUAAUUUUCAAAGAAUAGCAAACAUGGUUUAUAUUCUUAUUUUCUAUCAAUCAUUGAUUGUUUUCACUUGAUUUAUUUUUUUUGUAUUAAAUGAAUUAUCUCCCUCUCACUUUCUGAUAUUAAUUUUUUUUUUAAUCUUCUCUUCCUCAUCCUGAGAUAUCCAUCUCAAAAUAUUUAAUAAAAUUUUCAUGAAAAAGUUUCUUUUUUUAUGAUGUAUUUUUUUUUUCAAAAUUUUCAUUUGAUGUCUCAAUUUUUUGAUAUCUUAAAUGCUUUUAUUCCCUCCCAAUAAAACAAUAAAACAGUUCCCAUCUGAUCAAUAGGCACAACAGGGUCCCACUGGUCGGAUCAAGGAUCCGAUUUGCAUAGAAGUAUAAUUUAGUUUAUUUUUUAUAAUUUAAUAUAUUUUAGGUUUUAUUGGGAGUAGAGGAAGAAUAUUUAAGAUAUUAGAGAAAAAUAUACCGUAGGAAAAAAAAAAAAAAGUGCGUCAAAUAAGAAAUCUGAAAAUGGUACCAUCCGUUAAUGAUAUUGGUGUGGGCCGAAACAGGUUUAUUGGGAGGAGUGAGGGGUCUUUAAGAAAUAUGAAAAAGGUAUCAUCUACAGGAUUUUUUUUUCAAAGAAAUCAUCCCAAAAAGGUCUUUUUUUUUAUCACAUGUGAUAAAAAUAUUUAUGAGCUUUUAGAACAUGAUAUUUAGUUCCCAUGACAACAACUAGCUAAAUUGUAUUGCUGUUCCAAUCAAAUUGUAUGACAUUACCUUAAUGUUGAUCAAAUAUCACAUGAAUCGAGGCAUAUCAGUAUUGAAAUGUCUUUUGUUUAGUAAACUAUAUUUUUGGCUCAUGCAAAAGAGUUAGUCACUGCCAUCCAAUUGGACAUAAAGCCAUGGAACUCUAUGGAACACAUAAUCAUCAAGAACGAUAUAAGAAAAUUGUCUAAACGAAGAAUUCCCUUUUAAACGAAUGAUAUAAGAAAAUUGUCUAAAACCAGAAAACAAUAAUGGAUUAUAUAUUUUACUAUAUAGCAUCUCUAAAAGGUUAGUAGUAAUUAAUGUCUUAACAUGUGGUAUGAGGUGCCCUAUACAGUAAAACAAUAGGGCUUUCAUGAACAAAUUUAAGUCGCAAUAAUUUUCAGAAGAUAGAAAUCUGUAAAUUGCUCCUUAAGAUUUUACAUAAUUAUGUAUACCCUAAUUCUAGUAAAAUAUUAGACCAAAGUAACUUGCAAUCUUUUGCAUGGUCUCAAGCUAUGUUUCAUAUAUAUAACGAGUUUUAAUUUAUUUACUAAUCUGAUUACUUCAUUUGUGCUAGUUUAAACUAUUUCAUCUCCUAGAUGCUUAGUUGCUGCAUUUAAUUGCGAGAAGCAAAAAUCUUAGACAAAUUAAAUACUUAUAAUUUAGGACUUUCUCUCAAUAUAAAAAACUUCACUAUGUAGAAUUAAUGAAAGUUUUAACAAGAGGAUUUAAAAAUUUUAAACAAAGUAAAUACUAAGACAAAAUUGAUCAUAAAUAGAGUUGGUAAUUGUUCACUAUUUAGUUUAUAUCUAGUUAAGAGAAAUGUAUAAUAAUCAUAUCAAUAGUAAUAAAAUUUAUGACAGUUUUAGUUAUUCAGAAAAAAGAAAAGAACAUUAGGAAAAUGAAGUUUCUUUAAAUUUUCAUUUGUGAGACCUCAAGUUAUAGACAUCUUAAAAAUAAUUUAUUCAGAGUCCGCCAUGUUAACCCCUAAAAUAUCAUUCUUCUUAAAGUCCCUAAUAAAUGAAGAUCAUAAUUUUCUUCCUUAAUUAGUAGAUCAAAAUAAUCGAAAAAAAAAUUGGCAUUACAUUUAAUUCUGUAUGAAUUGGUGCUUCUAACACCCCCAAGCAACUUUUUCAAAAGCAAAUCCCGCCAGAAAAUAAGAACAAACCAAACUAUUAUCAAUUAGCUUCUUUUUAUUCUUUUAUACACCUAGAGAUUAGGAAAAUGACAAAUUAUCAUUGUAGGAAGCUAUGUUCCCUCACAGAUGUCUUCUAUACUCUCCAUAUGAUUUUUCGAACUUACGAGAAAAAGAUCUCCAGAAUUAUAGUACUUGACCUUUUUAUUUGUGCCUCUUGUGGAGUCCACCUUUUUGGUGUUGUGAAUCUAA